UGACGUUUUUGCAUGAAAUGUAAAUAAAUAUUUUUGGUUCAAAAAAUUUUAACAGCAUAUUUCUAAAGAAAUGUUGACUUCAAUGGUAAAAGAGCAUCAAACUAAACAAGUAGUGAAAAAAGAAUUGCAAGAAGUAAAAAGAAAGGAAGCCUGUGCAGCAGCUAGUGAUUUAACACAAGCUCUCGUAGAUCAUUUGAAUGUUGGAGUGGCUCAAGCUUAUUUAAAUCAGAAAAAAUUAGAUGCGGAAGCAAAACAACUACACUUAAGUGCAACAAAUUUUUCAAAACAAACACAACAGUGGUUGAACUUAGUUGAACAAUUUAGUGGUGCUCUUAAAGAACUAGGUGAUGUGGAAAAUUGGGCAAAAACAAUAGAAGGUGAUGUGCGUACUAUUACAACAGCUUUAGAAAUAGUAUAUCAAAGCUCACAAGAUAGCAGUAGUUCAAGUUAAAAUAAAAGAAUUAAAUUUAUAUUUUAGUUAUGUUAUAUAAAUAGUUUUCAUGUAUUGCAAUGUAAACAAUAAUAUUUGUCAAAAGCUUAUAGUCAUCUCAACUAUUCCAUAAUAUUACAUAUUAUGUGCAAAGUUAUAGACUAUAGCUAAAAUGAGAACCAUAUUUGUGCAAACACCUUUUAUUUAAUAAAUUACAUCAUUAUUUUUUUGUUAAAAAGCAUUUAUAAAAUCUUUUGAAUCAGUAUUAGUGUUUCAUACUACAUGGAAUUGAAAAUAAAUAACUGGUUUUAUGAGUUAUACAAUUAUUUUAUUAACUAACAUGUAAAGGUAGAUUUUCAAGAGUGGGUGUGAAUAGAUAGAUUUAAUGCUUUGCAGAGAAGUGAAGGCUUUAGUGUAUAUGUAUUCGAGAAAUAGUAUAUUUCUAAAAUUGCCUCUUUAUGUUCUCUUAUGUUCAAUAUGGGGCAAUUACAAUGUUAAAGUGAAUAAAAGUCACUUUAUUUUUUUAUUUGAUUUUCUAUUUGACCAACAAGGUCAUUAGUGGUAAGAUAGUAAAUAUUUCUUAAUACAAUAAUAAUACAUAUUAUUUAACAGAAUAAGUACAUUAGCAUUACAUGGUAUAUUUUAUAAUGAAGAGAAAGGACGACAAGAAAAUAAGUUUUUCAGAACAACACUCAUAUUUAGAAAUGCAUAUGUGUUUAUCAUAUCUUGUGUAACAAAUUUGCGUUUUUCGAUUUUUCAGAAAACCAAUAUAUAUUUCAGUACUUUUUGACACACUUCAGUCUUUGUUUCUUCAGCUGAAAUGGUAUGGGUGUUAUAGAUGUUUGUGACCAUAUCACAUGUCCAACCUUUUCUUCAGCUGUUCGAAGUCAUCAGUUUCUUCAAGAUGUAUCGUCUGGAAUACAUUUAAGGCAUCUUCUCACAGCACAAUAGUCAAGUUUACUGCCUUUUCUCUAUUGAAACAAUUAUUCACUCUAGUGGCUCCCUCAAACUAUUUAACAUAAUUGGUCCAAAAUGUCUUGCUGUCAAUCGUUGGAGCCAUGAUUCGUGUAAAAUUGUCAUUGUCUUGAGUAAUGUUUCUGUAUUGCAGGAUUUCAUUUGUUCCAUCUUCUAUCGUUCUAUUAUAAUAUUUUCUGUUCUCGACUUUGCAAUCUUUCUUUCUAACUCCUUGAUUUUUUUGUUAAUUGUUGUCUUUUUAUUUUCCAUUUGAUUGUAUCUUCUCAUUCAUCGUUGUCAUCUUAUUCUCUAUACCAGUUUGUAUCUUCUCAUUUAUCGUGGUCAUCUUAUUCUCGAUAUCCAAUUUUAGGGAUGACAUUUUAUUUUCCCUGUAAAUGGCUAGGUCAGUUCUCAAUGACAAAAUAUCCGCAGAAAUAACAUUCCUAAGAUUCGACAUACCGUCUUUCCUGGUAGAAAUCUUCUCAUAUUGGCCGAAAUAUCAUAAUUAAAUAUUGUUCUUCACGUUCAAAAUUGACAAAAUCAAGGUGGAAGCCUCGUCUUUGAAUAAAAAUGUUUCUGGAUCAAAGCCUUCAUAUAUCUGUGCCACUUUGACUAUUAAUACUAAUUCACUCUUCUCACCUGGCGUUUCCAUCUCGCGAUUCUCCAUUUCGUCUUUAUUUAUAAUUUAUAAACACUGUCUUUUAAACACUUUACUUAACUAACUCAUAUGUUGAUUAACUUAUUACUUAUACUUAACUAACUUACAUAGUUUUUAAAUUCUCCACUUACUUUUCGAUUUUGUUCCGUUCAUUAUAAACUAAUUGCGCUAAACAAACUCGUUUAUAUAUCCAAAACAAAAUUCUAGAAAAUAAACAAAGCAAAUAAAUUUUUGUUUAAUUCCCAUAAUGCACACUACUGGUGUGAUGAGAAUCCACAUGUUAAAAGGAUAGCACAAUACCAAUACUCAUUUAAAGUUAAUGUUGGAUGGAGCUCCACCACACUUUGAUAGAAGGUGUCAUAAUUGAUUGAAUAACCAUUUUCCGAAUCGAUGGAUUGGUAGAGGUGCAGAAGCUCCGCUUUAUUGGCCUCCUCGGGUUAUUCGAUUUUAAUUCCUUGUUUGGUCGUAUCUUAAAGAAAGAGGUUAUGCUACAGAGGAAAAUUCACCUCAAGAACGCCUUUUAUCUUGAAUACGGAUGGCGUUACGAAAACCCCAAAUAUUUUUCAGUUUUCUAUCUAUCCCAGAGGGAUCCCUUUUUUGAAACUUUUAUUCAAAACUUGAAUAAAACUUCAACUUCAAUAUUUCUAACAACUAAUCUCAUUAGUUUGAUGUUAUACAAAUAGAAGGGAUGUUAUUGAGAAUAUAAGAGUAUUGUCAUUGAUAACGGGAAUCAAUAAUAUCUUUAGAAAAAGUCGGUACAGAAAGUUUCAUAAAAUCGAAUUUACAGAAUUUAUUUAUAAUUUUCAUCGGAGAAGAUUGUGGUAAGCUCAUUCAAAUAUUUGAAAACAUUGUCCAAAAUUUGUUAGCAAUCUUCUUGGGAAGGAAAAAUGCUUUCGUAUACUUGAAAGUCGAGAUGAAUUUUUUCGCCGUUCGUCAUUAUACUGAUUCCCAUACCUUAAAAAAAAUCGAAACAACAAAAAUAGUUUCGUUUUUAUUUUCUUAUCUUGUAUCGCUUAAUAUGCAACGAAAUUUUAUGACGGCAUCUGGUAUUGCUAAAAGCCGCUUGACAUGGUGCAAAAUAACGUUCAAUAAAUUGUAAAAUAUUGCAAAUUGCUUGACAUUAUUCUAUCAUGGUUGCCAAUAAAAGUUCUAUUUAUAAAAGUAAACAAAUUCCUAACCUCAAGUUUAAUAUUUUAGGUUUGUUCUUGGUAGCUGCAGUGGAACUGUACUGAACUGGACCUGUGCAGACCAGCUCAUGAGUGUAUAGAAUUAGUUCGAUCGGAUACAAAGAACGAUA